CGGGCCUUUAGCUGCCCUGGAUGGGCCCAAUAAUGAUUUACCAGCCGAGGCGGGGCUGGAGGGGCACUCCCCGCCUCCGCCCCGCGGACCUUGGAGCCGGGGCCUGGCGACGCUGUGGCUUCUCUCCAUCGAAAAUGUUUUCCUUGGGCUCCCAGCUCCCAGCGCUGCCGGGGCUGGCGUGGGGCUGGGCACUGCUGGAUGCGCUCCUGCAAGGGCUGGUGGGUGCCUGCGCCGUCUCGGUGCUCUGCAGCCUCCUAAAGGUUUAUCUCUACAUCCAGUGCGUGAACAACCCGGAGAGGCAGGCAGAGAAGGAGGCGAUCGCGGCGCAGCGGCCGCUGCUGGAGCCGCUGCAUGUGCUGGUGCUGAGCGCUGUGCUGGCCCUGGUGGGCUCCCGAGUGGCUGCGCUGGUGGUGCUGGAGUUCUCCCUGCGCGCCAUCUCCACCAUCCUCUCCCUCGGCAAGGGCGCCCACAGCAGCCAGCUGUACGUGCUGUGCCAGUACUCUCUGGGCUGCGGGGUGUCGUGCGGCCUCAGUUUCCUGCUGGAGGGGGCUCCUCACCGCAGCUGGAACCUGCUGCUGGCGGCGGGGCUGGCGGCGCUGCUGGCGCUGCACUCGCGGCGCCUGGCCCGGCACGUCUGCACCUUGUACGAGCUGCACAGCCGGGCUCGCUACUGCGGGGUGUGCAUCCUGCUGCUGGCCUCGGGCCACAGCAUCCCCCGCCUGCUGCGCAACGCCCUGGGGCUCACCUUCGCCGUGGCCGACCUGGCGGCCGUGGAGCUCAUCAACCGCGACUUCCUCUCCACGGGCGAGGCCGUGCGCUUCUGGACCCCGCUGACCAUCUGCUACACCCUGCUGGUGGUGUACAUGCAGGAGGAAUCCCGGCAGAGCACGGGCAGGGGGCCGGUGUUCCGGACCGUGCUGGUGAGGAUGGGCGGCCUCUUCAUCCUCCUCCUCACCGUGGGCCGAUGGAUCGACAUCCUGCACGUCUCGGUGUCUCUGCUGGGGGAGCUCUGGUGCCUGCUCCGCUCCGGGGUGCUGCUGGACUCCUGCUGGAGGCAGGAUUUUGCCCAGCAGCCUCUCUCGGACGCUUUGUCGGACUCCAGGUCGCAGCCGGCGUCCCGAUGAGCUGCAGGGUGUAACCAGAAACUCGGGGUGCCACCCCCAGAACCCCCCAUCACACAUCCCCCAUGGGGACUAAGGGAAAAAGGGCUUCUGGAAGGCGUCCGACCCCGUCCCACGGGGUGGAGGAGGUCGGAGGGAAGACUCACGUUGCCCUGGUUUUUGGGGGGACCCUGUGAGGCUGCAGCACUACUGGGGUUUGUUCUCUGGUCCCAGUGGAAUUGCAAGA